AAGUUACAAAAAAUCAUCCGUUUGAUCGAAUUCUAAACGAUGGAAAAUAGAAAUCUUGUUUUUCCUCUUCCCCUUACAAAACUGUUUUGCAUGUUCUUAAUCUUCAUGAUGAUUCUUGGAGUCAAAUCUCAGGACCAAGUAAUUAAUGAUAUAUUCUGCGUCAGUGAAUGUGGAGCAUGCCCUAAAGUUUGCCCUACUCCGCCACCGGGAGGAACCUCCCAGCCACCACCAAUACCAUCAGUACAACCGCCGCCGCCCAAGCCACACCAUUCUCGGCCCCCUUUACCGCCGUAUUACUACAUGGCGCCUCCAGUACCGCCCGGAGUGUACAUCACCCCAAUAAAACCACCAUCCCUUUCUCACAACAGCCCACCAUCUGUUCCAUACUUUUCCCUCCCACCGCCAUCAACUCCGGUGCCUGUUAUGAUGCCACCGCCAUCCCAACCGGAGACUCAUCGGCGGCCGCCUCCAUCCACUGUGCCUCAGCUGUCUCCGCCAAUAAGUACACCGCCAGCGGCUGGUUCAGGGCAGGGGCAAUAUAACUAUACUUACUACGGCUUCGUCAUAUCGGAGGCCGCUGCCUCUAAUGGCAGGGCGUGUGGACCGAUUGUUGUGCUUUUUGGGGUGUUGAUAUACUUCCAUGUUUUCUACGUACUGCCAAAAUGGUGAAAAGGGAGUCACGUUCCUGCAAUAUUUGAUUGUGAACUAAUGUAAUACUACGUAUUAAAAAUUAAGUCUAACUAGUGUAACACCCGUCGCAUGCCCAAUAGUAUUGAUUUGGUAUGAAUUCGAGUGAGAAAUACCGACUAUAAUCAAUUCAAAAGUUUGACUAUAAUCAACUUCUUUUAUGACUUAGCACCAUCAUAGAAGACAGAUGAGAAAUCACCAUGUUUUGGAAUAUGAAUUUGUGAUUAUAUACUUAUAGUGUUGUUUAUGUGC